AUACAGCAGGAACUAGGAACAGAGAAGAAAAGAUAGAGGGGAACAUUUUUUUUUUCUUAGAAGAGAAGAGUGGGGAAUAGAAACGCAAAGGCAUCCGUAUCCAAUGGCAGUCUCCUCUUUGGCCUUCGCUAGAGUCCUCGUCCCGCCAUCUCCAAGAACAGCAUUAGCUUCGGCUUGCUCCCAUUCUAUCAAGAUGUGCGCUUCUUCAGCCUCACCGUCGGAGUCAAAGAAGACCGUCUGGGUGUGGACAACAAAUCGGCAGGUGAUGACGGCAGCCGUGGAGAGGGGCUGGAGCACUUUCCUCUUUGGAUCCAAAGAUCUUGGCAAGGAUUGGUCAUCUACUGCUCGCAUCAAUCCUCUUUUUAUCGAUGGCCUGGAGAUAUUCGAUGAGAAAAAACAAAAGAUUGCUGUAAUUUCUGAAGUCUCUUCCCCAGGAGAGCUGGAACUCAUACAACCAGACAAUGUGGAAGUGGAAAACAUCGUGAUAGACUUCCGAGGUGGAUGGCAGGUUAUACCAGCAGAAAAUAUAGUUGCUGCAUUCCAGGGAUGUAGAGGAACUGUAUUGGCUGUUUCAACAAACUCAACUGAGGCUCAGGUUUUUCUUGAGGCCUUGGAGCAAGGGCUUGAUGGAGUUAUACUUAAAGUAGAGGACAUGGAUGAUAUUAUCAAACUCAAGGAUUAUUUUGACAGAAGGAACGAGGCAAAGAGCCAGUUAAUGUUGACAAAGGCUACUGUGUCAAAGGUUGAAGUUGUUGGUAUGGGUGAUCGUGUUUGUGUGGAUCUUUGCAGUAUGAUGCGACCUGGUGAAGGCCUUCUGGUUUGUGUUGGCUCCUAUGCAAGAGGAAUGUUUCUUGUUCACUCUGAAUGCCUGGAGACAAAUUAUAUUGCAAGCAGGCCUUUCAGGGUCAAUGCGGGCCCUGUUCAUGCAUAUGUUGCAGUCCCUGGUGGCCGAACUAGUUACCUCUCAGAGCUGCAAUCAGGUCGGGAAGUAAUAGUUGUUGAUCAAAAUGGUUUGUGGCGUACUGCGAUUGUUGGUCGUGUUAAGAUUGAAUCAAGGCCUCUAAUCCUUGUAGAAGCAAAGGAGAACGGUGGAGAUGAUACUUACAGCAUUUUCCUGCAAAAUGCCGAGACAGUUGCACUUAUCACUCCUGAAAAAGGAUCUAGUGGAAGAACUGCUAUACCUGUGACUUCACUGAAAGUUGGUGAUGAGGUUUUGGUGAGGAAACAGGGCGGUGCCCGUCACACUGGAAUAGAGAUUCAGGAGUUUAUUGUUGAGAAAUGAGACUGCGUCAGUUAUUCAGUUACCUGCUAGCAGGCCAGUCUUUGUUCUUCCCAAACAAUUCUUUUGCUAAUUCAUGGGAGUGAAAAUUCACACCAACUUAUGAUAGGGGACUAUCUGAAUCAUCAUUGAAUUCGAGCCAUGUACAUCUGUAUAUACUAUAGUACUAGUAACUUUUAAGUCAAGGAGGAAAUUUCCAUUUGGAUGUGAAACGAUC